CCGUCAUCCCGCUACUUGUUAGCGGGAUCUAGAGAUACCGCGAAUGAAUCGCGGUAUGACAUAGGGAACCCUUUCUUGGGUUAGCUAUAGAUUUACUUCGCAUAUUCAGCUAAUUUUUAUUACAAUUACAACAAAAUAAUUUUGGCUUUGAUGAAAACUGUAUAUGUAUGUCAAUCCUGUGGUCACAGCACUGGUAGGUGGGUAGGGAAGUGUAUUGCAUGUGACAAUUGGGAUACAGUUGUUGAGGAAAUAGCAGUAAAAACGGGCAAAAGAAGUAUAUCUGCGCCAAUUUUAAUAAAGACGUUAUCGGGUAGCGAAAUUAUCACUCCAAGUCGUUUUUUAACAGGAAUAGAAGAAUUAGAUAGAGUUUUUGGUGGGGGUAUCGUUCAAGGUGCUAGCAUUUUAAUUGGUGGCGAACCUGGAAUUGGGAAAUCUACCCUUUUGCUUAGAAUUGCAGCUAAUGUUGUGCAACUUUCCUCUUUUGAAUGUCUUUAUGUAUCUGGCGAGGAAUCUUUAGAGCAGUGUCUUUAACUGAUGUAGUAGCAACAAUAAAGGAAAAUAAAAGUAUUAAAUUCUUAGUAAUUGACUCUAUACAAACAAUGUAUGAUAGCAGAAUUACAUCGGCACCAGGCACUGUAACUCAGGUCCGCACUUGCGCACAUGAAUUAACUAUUCUUGCGAAACAAUAUGGUAUUUCCCUCUUAAUAGUUGGCCAUAUAACUAAGGAUGGACAAAUAGCUGGACCUAAAACUUUGGAGCAUAUGGUGGAUACGGUAUUAUAUUUUGAAGGUGAAAAUAGUAAUCAAUAUCGCAUUUUACGCACUAUUAAAAAUAGAUUUGGCCCUGCAAAUGAAAUUGGUGUUUUUGAGAUGUCUGAAGCAGGACUUGUGCCUGUUGAUAACCCAUCAUCAUUGUUUCUGAUGGCCCAUGACAGAGAAGUAGUUGGCAGCGCCGUAUUUGCAGGAAUUGAAGGUUCAAGACCAAUUUUAAUGGAAGUGCAAGCAUUAAUAGCAGGGACUAAUAUGGCAACCCCAAGAAGGGCAGUAGUUGGGUGGGAUAUUAAUCGAUUGGCUAUGAUCAUCGCGGUGCUAAAUGCUUGUUGCAAAAUGUUUUUGCAUGAUAAAGAGGUAUACCUAAACAUUGCAGGGGGACUCAAAAUACAGGAACCAUCGGCUGAUCUUGCUGUUGCUGCUUCCCUUAUUUCAAGUGUAGUAAAUUUACCGCUGCCAACUUCUUCAAUAAUCUGCGGUGAAGUUGCACUUUCAGGAGAAAUUAGGAAUGUCUCGCAUGCUGAUCUCAGACUAAAAGAAGCACAAAAGUUAGGAUUCAAAAAAGCAAUUAUGCCUAAAAAUGGUAAUUACUCUUCUCAUGAUAUUGAGAUAAUUAAGCUUGGUCACGUAAGGGAAUUAAGAGAAAUUUUUAAUUACAAUUAAAUAACGCUUCAGCAAAUUCUUUGCUAGUAAACUCCCUUAAGUCCUCUAUAUUUUCGCCAAUUCCUAUAGCAUGUAACUUUAUCUUAUAAGCUUCUGCAAGUCCAAUUACCACUCCGCCCUUAGCAGUGCCAUCUAACUUUGUUACGAUUAGCCCGGUAACAUUAACCAUUUUGCUAAAUGCUUCUAAUUGGCUAUAAGCAUUUUGGCCGGUAGUUGCAUCAAGAACUAAAAUAACGUCAUGAGGGGCAGUACCAUCCAAUUUCUUUAUCGUUCUAUAUAUUUUUGAUAACUCCUCCAUAAGGUUCACAUUAUUUUGCAGCCUUCCUGCUGUGUCAAUUAGAACAACAUCAACGUUAUCCUUUAUAGCUUGACUUACAGCUCUAUAUGCCACACUUGCAGAGUCGCUACCGUACUCUCCAGUAACAAUCAAGCAAUCAGAACGUUCUGCCCAAAUGUUUAAUUGCUCACUAGCAGCAGCUCUAAA